AUGGCUUCCCGCAGCCGGCGUAGCGCCGCGCAAGAAGUGGUAGAGGAAGAGGAGGAGCAAGAGGGCGUUAAGAAGCUGAAGUUCAAUCAGACAUUGGUGGGCAAACCGGGUAAACAGAUCGGCGUGACAGAGCUACUAUCGCGGCUCAAGAUGUUGUGCGACGAAUUGCGGGACAUCGACCAGGAGGAGGCCGACACCGAGUCGCUCACGCGCUCUGCGAAGGAAUUGGCAAACCCUAGCCUCAUACACCACAAAGAUGCCGGUGUGCGCGCUUGGGCAGCAUGCUGCAUGGUCGAGAUGUUCCGCCUGUUCGCACCAAACGCGCCAUACACGGCUUCCCAGCUCAAGGACAUAUUCACUUUGAUCGUCACGAAGAUCCUACCCCUGCUCGGGAACCCUUCGCAUCCAUAUAACAGCCAGCACAUGUACAUGCUCAAAUCGCUGGCGGAGUUCAAGAGCAUCGUUAUCGUCACCGAUAUCCCCGGCUCCGCCGCCCUUACCCAGUCGAUCUUCAUAACCUGCUUUGACGUCUUAUCUGCGCCGUCCAAAGGUUCGAAUGGCGAGGAAUUGAGCAAAAACGUGGAACACAACAUGACCGAGAUUCUGCGCAUUCUGGUCGAUGAGAGCGUUACCAUCGCGACCGAGGUGGUCGAUGUCAUUGUAGCGCAAUUCUUAUGGGCUGAUCCGCAGUCGCUGGCGGCUUCCAAGGGAAAAAAGAAUGUUCCCGUGGAUGCAAAACAGUCGACCUUGCGUCGCAAAGAAGCGCCGCCAGCAUACAACAUGGCCAAGAAUAUCUGCAACAUGUACCCAGACAAGAUGGCCCGUCUCUUCGGAACCUACUUUGGUUCCAUCAUAGUUGACUUCACUUCCGGGAACGCGAAAACUGUGCGCGCUGAUGACUCCGACGACGAGGGAGACAAAGGCCCUUCAGAAGAUGACAUCAACGAAGCGAGCAAAGCCCAUCGCUUGCUCCGAGAGUUGUGGAGAAGCGCCCCAGGAUGCCUGAAAGAGAUAGUUCCCCAUCUUCAGGAUGAACUGGCCACAGAGAACGUACAGCUACGUCAGCUUGCAACAGAGACAAUAGGUGACAUGAUCUCUGGUAUAGGGGCUGCGGGCCCUCCACCACCUCCGGACCUGGAUCCUGCUGCAUAUCCUUCGCAAAGUCUUUCAUCCUCUUCCGGCGUUCGCGCCUACAACUACCUCACUACUCCAGCGUCUCUUAAUUCAUUUUCUCUCCAUCAUCCAGGCGCUUACCAAGCCUUUAUCUCACGCAAGAAUGACAAGUCACCUCUUGUCCGCGCGUCCUGGGCAACCGCAAUCGCUCGAAUUGUAAUGACAUCGGCCGGUCAUGUGGGCUUGGAUCCCGAGGAGGAACGCACAUUACUCAAACAUAUUGCCGAUAGUCUCAUUGAUGGCGAUGACCGGGUCCGGCUUGCUGCUGUGAAGGCGAUUGAACACUUUGAAUUCAAUGACAUCGUGCGGAAGCUGGGCGUCAACGGCAGCGCAUCCCAAUCAGGUUCCAUUUUGUCGAACCUGGCUGACCGGGUCAAGGAUAGGAAGCCUCCAAUUAGGACCGCAGCAAUCCGAUUACUUGCCAGGAUUUGGGGUGUAGCGGCCGGAGCUAUCGCUGAGGGUAGUGUAACCAUGACAGAUCUAUUGGGACCCAUUCCUUCUCGAAUUCUGGAUGCGUACUACGUCAGAGACCCCGACCUCACUGUGCAAGUUGAGUUGGCAACAUAUGAUUCACUUCUACCACUCAACUACCCGCCGAUCAAACCGAAAGCUGCUGUAAAUGGCGGAUCUCAAGUAGUCAAGGAUAGCCAAAUGAAUGGCGAACAAUCCUAUACCGAAGCUGACUUGGACAAGAUCCGAGCCGAACGACAACUUGUCUUGGUUCGUGGAUUGGAUGAGAGGGCAAAGAAGGUUUUCUAUGCCAACCAAGGGAAUCAAAUCGCGCACGCUACCUACAUGGAGCACUUCUUAAGGUUAUGUGAAGAGUACAACGGUGGUGUCGUAGAGGGUUCCGAGAAGGACACCAAAAGGAAGUUAGACGGCCUGAUCGUAUUUUACGCAAAGACGCUCCCAGACGCUGCGCGGGCGACUGAUGAUCUCACAAAGUUCGCCAAGGCCCACGACCGCCGAAGCUACCAGCUCAUUCGGUUCUGCAUGGCUCCCGAAAGCGAUUACCGCAAGAUCUUCAAAUCAAUUAAAGAACUUCGCAAGAGGAUCGAGGAGAACCCGCCCAGCCCUACUUUAUUAGAGACUUUAACGCCUCUCCUGUACCGUGUCAGUCUGCUCUGUUUCAACAAGAGCCACGUUCCUGCGAUCAUUGAAUUUACCCGUACAGAUGACAAGGGUCUUGCCGCUACAGCCCAUGAGGUGCUCAAAGAAAUUUCUACACAGCACCCCAAGGUCUUCUCUACGCACGUGAAAGAAUUGUGCAAAACGCUCGAAAGCGAAGCACCGACAGAAAGAGCCACAAAUCCUCCUGGUGCGGUUGAUGACCUGAAGGCUCUGGCUAGCUUUGCGAAAAAGUUUCCCAAGAAAAUUCCGUUGAAUGCAAAGGAUGGCCAAAAACUAGUCCGAGGUUUACACAACUUCGCGUUAUACGGGUCCCCUCCAAAGGCGGCUAAGCACGCUAUUACCAUUCUUAUGUACAGCCACGACAGCAAGAAGAGGCAGGCGAGGGAAAUUCUUCAGAAGAGCAUGAAGAACUUCGACUACGAGUGCGACCACUGGCUAACAAAGCUUGCGGCUCUCAGCCAGCUCGUACUUCUCGCACCAGACGAAUGUGAAGGGGACAUCGAUGCUGUUUUCACGAUCGCAGUUGAGAAGGUGCUACUUAGACCGCAUGCGAACUCUGAUGAAGUCGAAGAAGAAUGGACGGAGAAUCCAGACGAUGACAUCGUUGCACGGACUUGGGCGCUCAAAGUUCUUGUCAAUCGUUUACUAGCGUAUACAGGGGACGAGGAGCGUACAGACGCUUCUGACCAUGUGUUCAAAUUACUCAAUCGACUGGUCAAAGAGAACGGGGAAGCUUCGAAGAAGAAUCCUACUCCGUUGGCACACCGAAAUCGUCAGCGACUUCUAGCUGCCAACUUCCUUCUGAAGCUAGCCACGGUACGGCGCCUCGAUAAUCAGGUCACUCCUGCCGACUUUAACCAACUCGCUCUUGUUACCCAUGACGCUUGCUUGCAAGUUCGCAAAGGUUUCGCGAUGAAGCUGAUGAAAUACCUUGGACAAAAUCGACUCCCCACACGUUAUUUCAGCAUCCUCUUCAUGUAUGCGCAUGAGCCGGACGCUGGACUCCGGAAUGUUUUGACAACAUGGAUUCGUUCUCGACGAGCGAUCUUCACGUCUCGGAAGGAGACCGUUCUGGAAACUUCUGUCUUCGCUAGGCUACUGAGUCUACUUGCUCAUCAUCCCGACUUGGCGGAUGACGAGAACUCCCUAACGGAGAUUGUCAAAUAUGUUUUGUUUUACCUCAAGACGGUUGCGACCGAAGACAACCUCGCACUCAUCUACCACAUGGCUGGCCGGGUGAAGACGGUCAAAGAUGGUGUCACUCCUUCUCGCGAGAGUGACGACAAACUCUACAUAAUGUCCGACCUCGCGCAAGCGGCCAUUCUAUCAUGGGAAGACAAUAACAGCUGGAGCAUGCAAACCUUCCCUGGCAAACAAAAGCUGCCUGCUGGUAUCUUCAGGCAGCUUGAGAGCCACGAGCGCGGGCAAGAGAUUGCAUCGAAACAGUAUAUACCGGAGGACUUCACCGACAUUCUCGAUCCUCUUGUACGCAAGACCAUCAGAAGCAAGAAGAGGAAGGCUGGAGAGGGCGUUGAGAAGCCACGCAAGAAGGCAAAGGCCGAAAAUGGUGUCAAGAAAGAGAAGAUAAAAUCUGAGAGGCCAAUCAAGACGCCGCGUAAGAAAAGGAGAAGUCACGGCAGCGACGAUGGAGAUGACGGUGGCAGUGCGGUCGCGCCAUCUUCAGGUCCGAGGAGGAAGAGUGGUCGCAAGAGCAACAUCAGCAAGAGUUACUUGGAGGUCUCGAGUGACGAAGACGAAGAUACCCAGGCAGGUGCCGAACAAGACGAGAGUAUGUCUGAUGUUGAGAGCGAACGGGAAGAGGAAGACGUUGCGAUGGAAGACAAAGAAGGAACCUCGCCGAUUGAGGAAGAAGCUCCUAGACCAGAGCUGGGGUCAGAAGGUGAAGCGGAAGCCGAACAGGAGUCGGCAUCAGAGCCAGAGCCAGAGCCAGAGCCAGAGCUAGAGCCGUUGAGGAGGUCAAGAGGAAGACCCUCAAAGAAGUCUGAAGUUCCAACCUCCCCAGAAGCUCCAAAACGCAAAGCGGGUCGAUCGGCAAAGGCAUCCACCCCAGUAAAAGACCCCACUCUUGCAAAGGCAGCCAAGGAAGCAAAAGCGGCAAAGCCCACACCAAAGGGUAAAGCUAAGGAGAAGGCAACGGUAGAGCCAGUCGCCAAUGGUACCGGCAUUGUUAGGCGCAGUGGCCGUACACGAGGCUGA